AUGCGUAUUGAGAAGGCAAGGAUUGAGGCUGAAUUGGAUAUCUUGCAGCAUGAAAAAGAAGCGGCAGCUGCAAACGCACAGGCGAAUGCGCUCGAGGCAGCCGUGGAGCAGGAUGGCGGGGAGAGCAUGCGCACGCUCCCUCCUGUGGACCGAACGCUGCAGACUAGGAGUUAUAUCGAUGAGCAGCAAGCCCUACGCAACUCUGCGCUUGUGUUAACUGAGGUGGCUGUCACCAAUUCUAGCGUUGACGUAAACAAUGCUCACACGGCGCCGGGUGCCCACACAGCUGCGAAUAAUUCGAUGUGUCUGCGAGCUGAUGAACGUCCACCUGACUACCAUGCUGCCCCUAACAACCCACGUUAUAAGCAUGCUGGAGCUACGAGUCGUCCUAUGGACUUACGAGCUGAUCCGCAGUCGCCUGUGUACGCCCCGGCACACAACAGUUCAAGCUCCGAGCUAGCCGGUGUGCUUAAGUUCCUGUGCCGCAAAGAUCUUGUUUCAAGCGGUCUUAUCAAGUUUGAUGAUCGACCUGAGAACUUUCGCGCUUGGAAGUCAUCGUUCAAGGGUGUUGUCAGAGAUCUAGGUCUUUCUGCCCAAGAAGAGCUGGACCUUCUCAUCAAAUGGCUUGGCCCUGAAUCGUCACGUCAGGCUCGGAGGUUGAAAUCAGUGCAUGUCGAUGACUUUUCAACGGGCUUGAACGUCGUGUGGAAACGGCUAGACGACGUCUUCGGGCGCCCUGAGGCAAUUGAGGAUGCACUUUUGAAGCGGCUGGAAGACUUCCCGAAGAUAUCUUACCGGGAAAAUACCAGACUCCAGGAACUCGGCGACCUCCUGCUAGAACUCGAGGCUGCGAAAGCUGACCCGUAUCUUGCCGGUCUUGGCUAUUUGGACACCGCAAGAGGAGUGAACAAAAUUGUCUCGAAGUUGCCAUCUGGACUUCAAGAAAAUUGGAUGUCGGCGGGGUCGAAAUGCAAGAAAGAUCAUGACACUGCAUAUCCACCCUUUUCUUUCUUUAGCAAAUUUGUUAGAGAUCAGGCCAGCAUGAGGAACGACCCGAGUUUCAUCUUGCAUCCACAAAAUGCCUUGUCUGAUUUCAAUCAAAGGAAGGAGGACAGUGCUACCAAGACCACGCGGCAAAGAUCAUCUGUGUCAGCGAGAAAAACAGAAGUGGAUCCUGCUUCUGCCAAGAUUAAUCAAUAUGCCACUGCUAACCAACAGCAACCUGAAUCGGAGGACUUGAAAAGGUGGUGUCCAUAUCACAAGAAACCUCACCCUUUGGAAAGGUGUCGCGCCUUCCGCGAAAAAACCUUGGAAGAGCGGCAAUCUUUCAUAAAGAAGCAAGGGAUCUGCCUACGAUGCUGCUCAUCCAAGAACCACAUGCAGUGGCAAUGUCAGGCAGUUGUGAUGUGCCUCAUAUGCGACAGCGCCGACCACGCCACAGCGCUUCACCCAGCAUCACCAACCUCAGAGCCAUCAAGGGCUAGUGGGUCUGAUGACAGUACCACAGAUAACUCAGAAAGAAGAGUCACAUCUAGGCGUACUGAAGUGGCAAACGCUGGCAACAGCACAAAGUCAUGUGCUAAAAUCUGCCUCGUAAAGGUGACCCAUGAGACUCAGCCUGAGAAGACAGUCAGAGCGUACGCGAUUCUUGACGAUCAGAGUAAUCGCUCGUUGGUUAGGCCAGAACUCCUCAACGAUUUCGGAGUGAAGGGAACACCUACGCAAUACACGCUCCGCACUUGCUCCGGCAGUACAGAAGUGGUUGGAAGAGUCGCUCAUGGUUUUUUCGUGCAGAGCAUUUCAGGCGAAGUUAAGUUCCCUCUUCCGCCUCUCCUCGAGUGCAAGGCAAUUCCAGAAAACAGAGAUGAAAUUCCAACGCCUGACGCUGCAAAGCACUACCCGCACUUGAAGUCUGUAGCAAAUCACAUUCCGCCUCUUGAGGAGGCUGGAAUACUGCUCCUCCUUGGCCGGGACAUCCUAAGAGCUCACAAGGUUCGUCAGACAAUCAACGGACCCCACGACGCGCCGUAUGCUCAGAAGCUCGACCUCGGAUGGGUCAUUGUCGGCGACGUUUGCGUUGGUCGAACGCGGAAAACGGGCAGCGUCAACGUGUUCAAGACCCAUGUGCUGGACAGUGGGCGACCAUCUCUUUUUGAGCCCUGCCCAAGACAUUUCUUUGUAAGGGAGGCGCCGAUUCUCUACUCUGCGGAUAAGUUCUCAAAAGAUUUUCAAUUGGCAGCAACAUUGGAUGACACCCUGGCCCCGAAUCUUUUCGAGACAACAGAACUUGACAACCAGCGUGCUCUCUCCAUGGAAGACAAGACAUUCCUCGAGAUAAUGAAUAGCGAAUUCACCCAAGACAAAUUAAACAAUUGGGUCGCCCCUCUCCCCUUUCGCACACCGAGAAGUCGACUUCCGAACAACAGAGAACAAGCUCUGUCUCGUCUGCUCUCGCUACGGCGUACCCUGCGAAAAAAUCCUGAAACAAGGGAACGUUUUGUGAACUUCAUGAACGAGCUAUUCAUCAAGGGUCAUGCAGAGGAAGCUCCACCACUUAACGUGGACGAAGAAUGUUGGUAUCUGCCCAUAUUCGGCGUUCACCACCCCCAGAAGCCUGAUCAAAUCCGAGUCGUAUUUGACUCCAGCGCUCAGUAUGAAGGGGUAUCUCUGAACAACGUUCUCCUGACCGGCCCUGACCUGACGAAUAACCUUGUGGGGAUUUUGAUACGCUUCCGGCAAGAACCAGUUGCGGUUACAGCGGACGUCCAGCAAAUGUUCUACAGUUUCAUGGUUCGUGAGGACCAUCAGAACUACCUGAGGUUCCUCUGGUUUAAGGGCAACGAUAUCUCCAGAGAAAUCAUAGAGUGCCGAAUGAAGGUUCACGUUUUCGGCAACAGCCCAUCGCCAGCUGUUUCAACGUAUGGCCUUCGACGGACUGCCCAACAAGCUGCCCCACGAUUUGGUGAAGAUGCCAGGAAGUUCGUUGAAAGAGAUUUCUACGUCGAUGAUGCACUUAAGUCUCUUCCGAACGAAGAAGAUGCCAUUAGUCUGCUGCAAAGAACGCAGAAAAUGCUUGCAACAGCUAACAUAAGGCUGCACAAGAUAGCUUCGAAUAAGCAGAAUGUGCUGAAUGCAUUUCAUCGAGAGGACCACGCCCAGGGACUGAAGAACCUCGACUUCGGCACAGACGCGUCGCUUACGCAGAGAAGUCUCGGUCUACUGUGGGACAUAGGCGACGACAGCUUCGUCUUCAGGGCUCCUCGUCAGGACAGGCCAUAUACGCGGCGAGGAGUGCUGUCGACCGUCAACAGCCUUUACGAUCCACUAGGGUUUGUGGCUCCAAUAACGGUUCAAGGCAAGUACCUUCUCCGUGACCUCGUAACGAAGGGUUAUGACUGGGACACGCCGCUUUCGGACGAGAAGAAGCAGAGAUGGGACGAGUGGAAGAACUCUCUCCAGACACUACAGCACCUUCACGUGCGAAGAACGUAUGCGCCAGUCUCGACGCUUGAAGCCGAACGUAGGGACAUUCAUGUAUUUUCAGACGCGUCCACAAGGGCCGUCGCAGCGGUGGCAUACCUACGCGUGACUGACAAGCAAGGAAACAGACACGUCGGAUUUGUCAUGGGAAAGGCCAAACUUGCUCCACAACCAGAACACACCAUCCCAAGGCUUGAGUUGUGUGCAGCAGUGCUUGCUGUAGAGAUGACCGAUUCUAUACUACGAGAAUUGGACUUCCAGCCGAACUCGGUCACGUUCUACACGGAUAGCAAAGUGGUCUUGGGUUACAUAUACAACGAAACAAGAAGGUUCUACGUGUAUGUGGCCAACAGGGUGCAGCGGAUACGUAGCAGCACGCAACCUGAACAAUGGAAAUACGUUCACACUGACGAAAAUCCUGCAGACCACGCCACUAGAGUGAUUCCAGCGGCACAGCUUAAGAGCACGAACUGGUUGUCCGGACCUGAUUUUCUCUCACGACGAGAAGAGGAAGCACGGUCGUCGAGCUUCAUCCUCCUGAAUCCUGACGAAGACAAAGAAAUACGCCCUGAAGUCUGCACUCUGGCGACGGAGGUGAACAAGCGACAGCGACUCGGAGCCGAACGCUUUCGUAGGCUCUCGAACUGGAAAUCUCUCACUCGUGCUGUAGCAAGUCUGAUCCAGGUUGCCCAUCGCGCAAAGAACGCAUCACAGGGAGAGGUAGUUCCCGUUGAGGCGCUCUCCAAAGCCAGGCUCGUCAUCAUUCGCGCUGUACAGCAGGACGCAUUUUAUGAAGAGAUAUGCUGUAUCCAGAGAGGAGAGCAGGUUCACAAGACAAGCUCGCUUCGAAGGCUUGACCCAUUCUUAGACGCCAACGGCUUGAUCCGCGUCGGCGGCCGCUUGAACAGAAGCGACCUUCCAGACGAUGAGAAACACCCUCUCUUAUUGCCGGGUCGGCACCAUGUGGCGACGCUUCUCGUGCGCCACCACCAUGAAUGCGUGCAACACCAGGGCCGACACUUCACAGAAGGAGCCGUACGAGCUGCUGGGUAUUGGAUCGUCGGAGGGAAAAGGUGCAUCUCAUCCGUGCUGCAAGCAUGCAUUUCAUGCAAGAAGCUGCGAGGGCGCUUUCACGACCAGAAGAUGGCUGACCUUCCGGUAGACCGAAUCAGCACAGAUCCUCCUUUCACGAAUGUUGGAAUCGAUGUUUUCGGUCCCUGGAUGAUUGCCUCUCGCCGAACGAGAGGUGGUGUUGCAAACAGCAAGCGCUGGGCAGUUAUGUUCACUUGCUUAAGCAUUCGCGCAGUGCACAUUGAGCUGAUCGAAUCAAUGGAUACGUCGAGUUUCAUUAAUGCCUUCCGAAGGUUCCUAGCAGUGCGAGGGCCCAUCAAGCUAAUACGCUCUGACUGCGGGACCAAUUUUAUCGGAGCUUGCAGAGAACUUGGAAUUAGCGCAGAGGGCAUUCAUCGCUCACAAGUAGGCAAGUUCCUCAGCGGAAACGGCUGCAAAUGGAUAUUCAAUCCACCGCACGCGUCCCAUAUGGGUGGUGCGUGGGAGCGGAUGAUCGGCAUUGCACGCCGAAUUCUUGACUCAAUGCUCAUGCAGUCACGUCAUCAACGGCUCACGCAUGACAUUCUUGCAACCUUUUUGGCAGAAGUUGCGGCCAUCAUUAAUGCCAGGCCCAUAACUCCUACUUCGUCUGACCCCGAAGAUCCCACAAUCCUAACUCCGGCGACACUCUUAACCCAAAAACACGGAAGCGCAUCUGUAACUGGGCAGUUAGAUACAAGCAACCUCUACAAACGGCAUUGGCGUCUCGUGCAAAACCUGGCUGACGAGUUCUGGAAGCGCUGGCGCACAACGUAUGUCACUACUUUGCAGCAACGCCGAAAAUGGCAAGCAGCAAAACCCAACCUCAAAGAAGGCGACGUCGUUCUACUCAGGGAUAAAGAAGCAACCCGCAACGACUGGCCCGUCGGAGUGAUUACACGAAGCCUGCCCAGCGCAGAUGGAAGGGUGCGCAAGGUCGAGCUGAAAAUAGCCAAAGACGGGGUUGUGAAAACAUUCUUCCGACCAACAACAGAAGUUGUGCGUUUGCUGUGA